AUAUUCUCGCGCCAACGUCAGUUUGUGUCGAUUCAUCAGCGCGUACGCAUGUCGCUCUGCGCCAUAAUCGCGACCUCACCGUCAACGUGCCGUUAUAGUGUUUCAUAAUAGUUCUGUGAUUGUUUAUUUUGUAUUUUUAUGAAUCCGAACGAGAUCGGAUGAUUUUCAACAUCGAACUAUAAGAUUUUGAUGCUACCGUUUGGGCGACGUAAAAUGAAUUUAUAAGUUUUAAAACAAUGUGACCAAGUUGUUCCCACCAAAACGUACCACAAUUUUCUAUAAAAAAACGAGUCAAUAUGGCGUUGUUCUGGUGUAUAAUUGCUGGUGUCCUGGCGGCGGCGCAGGGGCAGUCGAACUACGGAUCGCAGGCCAACAACGUUGAAUACCAGGGAGAUGGUCUGCCCGAACAGACUGUGCUUGAUGGCAAGGUGACGAAACUGGAUGAUCUCAGUCCAGUUAUAUUUUUGAAUCGAACGAGGGCGGCGUUAAACUGUGCAGCUGGUUCUAUGCAGAUUGAACUAAAGUUUAACGAGAAAUUCUACGGAAUUGCAUACGCAGAUUUCGACAGAAACUCCGCGUGCCAGGUUGCUGGUAAGGGUGCUACCUCCUACAAACUCGAGCUUCCAUUAAAGGGAUGUGGAACUAAACAGGAUCCAUUGCGUGUUUUCACGAACAACAUUGUGGUUCGUUUCCAUCCAGGUUUGGAAAUGGAUGGCGAUGAAGUUAUCACAAUCGUUUGCAGAUAUCCGCCACCCAUAGUGCCUGUUGCUAAGCCUUUUAUUGCAACGCCAGAAGCAGCAGGUCCAUUACCAGCCAAGGCACCGUUAGCAGGAACACAUAUACUUAUGAUAAUCUGCGCUAUUCUCUUCUUGACACUUCUUUUACUGGGUCUCGGCGUCUCUUACUUAUGUCUGCGUAGAAGAGCUCUCCCCGUGCCAAGAAGACUUAUUGAUGACUCCUCAGCUUCCAUCAUUAGUAGAGAGAGUAUUCAAGAAGUGAAGAUACCCCGAGCACACCCAGUUUAUCCGGUGGCUGCCGAAAGCGCCAGUGUAGCAUCAGAUACCAUACCCUCAGACUAUCCAUCGGAGACUCCAAGUGAAACUGAGCAUGCGCACGUUAACCCCAGCUUCUUGGUAGACGAAUAUCAAAGUGAAGGCUACAAUGAGUCGCAAGAGACGACACACACUCACUCUCGAAUCGCUGGCGCGCCGCCCGCCUUUGACGUCCGCGUCAGAGUUCAACGACCCCCAGCUCCACCAUCGCCACAAUCUACCAUAACUACUACAGAAGUGGAUGGUGGAAGUAUGAGGCAAACGCUAAUAGAGGAGCAUGAGCGUCAGGAAUCGGUUCGUACGAUGUCACCCGGCGCGUUGCCGUUACCAGCGCGAGCGGCGCAUGGGCAGCCUCCCGAACGACCUCCCAGACCACCUGUCCUGUACACUGAGGUCCAGAGAGAUCGACAGGAGUGGGCUCGCCGACCGAGGUCCAUAAUUUCACUCAACACAGAGAUGACUGACACUCACUCUGUCACCGAAGUCACAGAUGGUUCGCAUGCCAGGAUGUUCCAUAUUAAGAAACCACCUCCACCGCCUCCAAUGGUCCGGGAGCGUCUGGAGACGGAAGAACAAGAAAUGCUGAUGGAGAGCCUCGAACCUAUGCCUGAGACACCCAUCAUGGCUCCAAGAAAACCCGAGAUAACAUCUCAUGUAGUUGACGAUGUCUUCCUACGAACGAUAACCGAAAAGAAGACGAUAGAAGAUAUAGAGCGUCAUAAACGGUUGGUGACAGAGUACAAGCAAGUCCCACCACUACCACCGCAAUUCGAUGUCACCAUUCGAAACCACACGUUGCCUGAAGCACAAUGGGAGAACUUCUCAGACAUCAGCUCGGCAUCGGGAAUGACACUCACACCGAAAAUGGAAAGAGUACCGAUGUCUUUGCCGCCGCAGAAAUUUAUUGGUAAAGGCGGCCCCGACCUUUUCUCUCCCGAACUUAUAAAGCAAACUGCAACAAACUACCAGCAAUCCCCUGACCUUCCACUGCUACCAGAGUUGCCGCCAGCUCGCAACCCACUCUUCCGGGAAGAGGAUGAUGAUGACGUACCGGAACCAACUCCAGCACCUCCAGUUCCACCGAACUGGAGUGUUCUAACACGUGUCUUGAAGACGGAAGCACAGGAUGAGGUACUGUCAGAAACGGAACGUUCCUACCGCUUAACACGUGAGGAACGUCUUCGUUGGCGCGAGCUGAUUACCCACGAGAGUACUCUUAGGAGAGAACUGGCUCGCUCAUCAACUCGUGAGGAUUUCUCACGACUUGCACAUGACCAUCGAUUCGCGCCAUUGUAUGCACCUCCUAAGUGGGAGGUUAUUAUUCGAAUUCUGGCGCCACCUGAAAGACCACCCAAGAACCGCUACCGCAAGAAGUCAGAAUGGGACUCCAGAUCCCGCCGUAGUUCGCUGCCAACGUUGUAUGAGUAUGAUAGCGAUGCAACUUCGCUCCGGGAGCCUCGUUCCCGUCGAUCCUCCUACCGCAGUGAUCAUGUUGAUAUGAGAUCCAUGUCAGAGAUGAUGGUUGACUACGCAAGAGAACAAGCCGACACACAUUCAGAAGUAUCUGGUACACUCCAUGGACAAUACUACGAUGACGAUAGUGAUUCUGAACAUCCUAGAUACCAUCAGCACCCGUCCUGGCGCAACUCUCUCCAUCGUUCCGUCAGCCAGCCAUCACUUGCGCGAUCAGACACGGAGGUGAUAGAACAAUGGACUGUACCAGAGGGAGACGUAACUCCAACACCAGGACGGAAGAUUCGAGGACCACAGGGACUUACAACAUUCACAUCAUCAGAAGUAAGAACAUUCCAAGCGACCAGGGAGUGGAGAGAAUAAAUUCAUUUUCAAUUUCUAUCAAGAAGGUGACCAACGAUCCUUAACUAAUGAUUUUGUCAAAUAUUGAAAUCAAUUUACUACAACACAAUUUAAUUAUCGAAUUUUUAUUGCUAUAUUUUUUUAUAUAUUAUGUCUAAAAGUAUAAUUCGUAAUGAUUUUAUUCAAAAGUCACGUAUAAUACUGGACAAUACGAAACAUUGAUCGUAGAAUUUGGAUUUUGUUUUAAUUGCCUUAAAAAAAUAAACGUCAUCACUGCCUUGACAUUGUGACAAAAAUGUGAUAGAUUUGUAUUAUUUACAUACUAUAUUAAAAAAAUCUAUAAAAUAUACUGCUUUAUGAUCUGUAUAUUAGGAAAUGCUAAAAUAAUAAACAUAUUUAGCUAAUUAUAAAACAAGUUCGUGAAUGCAAUUACUAAAAUAAUUUAAUAAGAAACUGCUAAUAUUUUUAUAUAUAAUCCGUGUAAUAAUGUUUCUUCUGUUACCAUAUCGUAUCAAAUUAUUAUGUAAAACUUUAUUGAACAAACAAAUCUGUUAGUAUAGAUCACAUUUUACCGAUUAUUAUAUAGAAACUAAAACUUAUUACACGAUCUUUCUUUUUAGCACGAAAACUCUGUAACUUUUUAUUAUUUAUGCAUCGGCAUCUUUAACGAGCUUUUUAAUAGUAAUUGAAUAUCUGUUGGUGUUACGCCUAGCGAUGGAGGCAAACUAUCUAGUCUUGUUAAUGAAGGCAAACAAACGAAGAACCCGUACGAGUAAGUUGUCUUUACCAUUAUGUUGGACUCGUAACCAUGGUAACACUUCUUUUGUUAUUACGCCAGAUAAUUAUGCAAAGAAAUCUGUUAAACAGUAAAUCAGAGCAAAUUAAAUGUAAUUUGAUCCACGUUUUAUUUCUGUCAAUGCAGAGUAUAGACUAGAGAACUCUCAUACGU